UCGUGAUCUCGAGGUUUUGCCUUAGAAAAUUUUCGACAAAUUCCACCUGCACCCCAUCUUUUUGAAAAAUCCAAAAACAUCAAAAAAUUCAGAAACAAACCGAAAAUAAAAGACCUUAUGUGCUGACCCCUUCUCUCUACAGUUCAUUAUGGCAGGCACAAAUCAGGCACCGAUUGACGACACCAUCUACCCAAGGGAGAAAUGGAUCAAAGUGCUGGAUAACAACUCCCAGCUAGACCUGACUGUGUUCAAAUGUAAGGACCCAGUCAUCCCAACGAUCAUGAGAGGUCACUAUCUCUGGCCCGCACUCAACAACGCCAAACCUGUGCCAGAGAUAUACCUUCAACAAUUCUGGGGUCACAUGCGCACAGAGUCCAAGAAAGAUCGGACCAAAAUCCUGACCAAGCUAAAUAACAUGAGGGUGAUUCUGAUGCCAUUUUUGCUUAGGAUCGGACCAUUCUGAUUCCAAGCCAUUGAAAAAGCGUCUGGUUACAAGAGGGCUGAUUGAUGAAGAUGAGAUGUCCAUUUUUGCUGAUUGUGAUCCCUUUAUCCACAUAAGCCGAUUCUCAUCCCUAAGUACAGGAGCCGAUCUUUUUGGUUCCCAAGUAUAAGCCGCAGCAUCUGGCUCAACUGCGCAUGCACAGCCCUCGCCCAGCCACUCUUUGGCCUCCCAAAAGGCUAGAGUUUCAACAUCUCGGGAUUCACCCACCUAUAUGGUUCCUUCUGAAUCAGUUGAGAGAACUAGUGGCCAACCGCCCGAGGCCACAACCCCUCUCCCAAUCACAUCGAGUCUAGGUAUCACAUUUCCCACAUUUUCUACCUUUUCUAGGACACCUACACUAUUCACUGCACCGACAUGUGCACACACCCUGAAAGCAACGACCCGAGUGCAAACAAUGACGGUCGGAAGCCCUGUCAAGCAAACAAUGGCUCCGCCAUUCAACGCAGGCCACACAUCAGCUAUCUUCACUGAUACUGUCUCAACAGUUACCACCCCUGUAACUAUUACCCUUACACCUGAAGAUGUCACCGUUCUCAUGAAUCGCUUUUGGGAUUCCACUAUUAAACCAUGGGUGCACGAAGCAUUUACCGUUUGGGCAUAGGAAUUCAAACCCACCCCAGCGGUUCAUAGUGAACAAAGCCAGCCCCAAACUCAACCCAUUCCCUCUCACUCCCAAUCAUAUACCACCCCCGCUAUCUCCGCCUCAUCUUUCCUGAAACCCCUUAGCCCUACACCUUCUUGGGGAACCCAUGAUACACAACUAGUAUCAUCCCCACUCCCGACCACUCCUCGUCUUGACCUCAUGAACCUAUCCUUCGAUGACCUAGCAUCCGCUAUGCUCGCCAAACUUCUUGCCAUUGAUGCCAAAGACCUCACCCCUUACCAAAAAACCAUCCUUCGUGCUCUGUUGGGUACUUCUGACCUCCAAAGCACUUGCCGUGACAGUCCUCGUGGUCGCAAACGUUCACAUGAUGGUCCCGACGAUUCGGAACCUCAUGAGGGGGAGAACAAGCGGCCACGAACACUUGAGCAAGCCGCUUCCACCAGCCAACCUUCACAACCCGAUCAACCUGAAGCCUCAACCAACCAACAACCACAUGCUUCCACCCAAAACCGAAACCUAGAAAAACUUUCUAGCCUGGUCGAGCUAGAUGAAACAUCCCGAGGCUUAUCUCCCAGAGAUACUGUCCGAGGAGGGGAUGGAAGUCCUAAUGGUGUCACCAUUGGUACAUCUUUGAUGUCAGGCCAUCAGUCAACAUCCCGAGGUGUACCCCCAAAAGGUACUAACCGAGGAGGGGAUGGAAGUCCUGAGGAUGCUAUCUUCGAUACAUCUACUGUUCCAGGCAUCAGUCAGAACAUAUUCAGAACUGAUGACAACGGGAAAUUCUUGUGAUCCCGGUGUUCCAAAGUACAGGUUCCCGACACCACCAAGUAAACCAGCUCCUACCACUCCUUCAUCAGAGGCAAUGCACGAUGCACUUGAAAAUAUCGUUGUACAUGACAAGUGGCCUAAGGAAUGGACGGAGUGGGAUCAAAUUCGUAGUGAUGAAGAAACUGAGGACAUGUAGAGGAGCUGGUUAUUGCAAAAAUUGAUUGCCAAGUGUGCAACCGACAUCAUAAGGCUUGAUGAAGAGGAACUCAAAGAAGGGUAAAAUUAUAAAGAAACUCCCAAGGAAUUGGAAUCUAUAAUCAGACAAACGGCGGGACGACUUCCCAAGAAUGAGAAACCUUGGGAGAACAUUAGAAUCAAAGCCCCCUUCCAAGAGGAACUCAGAAAGCGCGUCUGGUGUAAACCGGAGAAGGUUAGACCUUUAAAUGAACUGAAAAUGCACGGACUUACACAUCUGAAAGGAAAAGAAGCAGGAAGUCACCUUCACAUGCUACUUCAUAGAUCUUCAGGGUCUCAACGACAACUUUUGGAAAAAGAUCUGAAGUCUAGUACACAUCUUGUUCAUGCAAUACUAGAAGUCAAAGCCGAAGAUCAUCAUAAAAUCAGAUUCUACUCAUACAAAGUCCAGCGCACUGACAGUACUGAAUUUGUAUGCCAAGUAAAUGACUUCAUAAUGCUCAAAAUGGAUGAUAUUUAUGGGAUGUUUAUGGCAUACAGAUACCUACCGAUCAGCAGAAAUCGAACUUACAAAGAAUGCUUUGAAGCAAUCAAGCGGUUCAUGCUGAGACAAGUUCGAGUCAACGCUUCUCAUGACUUCCAAAUGGCUCUGGAGAAUAAUAUCCCAAAAGCAAAUCUAUCAUAGCCGAAACUGUAUGGUCCGGAGCUUGAGGACUCUCCUGCAUACCACAUCUUCUUCACUCCACCUGCAGUAGUCUAUCUGAACCACAAGGAUGAAAAACGCCUGAUGGUGGUUGAAGAGAUCCACAAAUUCUGUGAUGGGACGUUGAAAAUCAUUCAAGAGAAGCUACAAAAAGAAAAGGAAGAGCUUGACAAAAGAAUUGAGGAUGCAUCUACAUAUACUCAAAAGGAGCAUGACGUGCUGACUCUCAUUCUGAAAGCAAUUGAUGAACGCUUAGAGAAGAGAAACAUCCCCAGACAAUAUUAGCACGCGCUAAACAUCAGGAAAAACUACUUCAAAGCUCAGAAAUAAAAGCAAGACGGCACUUGAUCACAAAGGGGGAAUUGUUGAAGAAUAUUUUAUUGUGUAUCAAGUUUGUCAAGAGUCUUGUAUUAGUAUAGCCUUUAUUACUCAUUGAUUGUAUUAAUUGUUGUAUUUAUUAGAGUAGUAAAGGGUAUGGGGCCCAAAUGUCUGGCCCAUAUACAAGGCGUAAAGCCUGUACGCAAACCUAACUGCGCAUAUAAAAAGGCGUUUAAGGGUAAGGUUUGCGUUAACUUUUGCAUUCGAUCUUUACAGCCUUAGAGCUUAUCAUUCUUACUGUAGAAGUUCACGGUAUAUCAAAGACGAGUUUAAGGAUCUCGAGAGUUUAUCUUUCUGCUAUUCUUAUCUUUGAGUAUCAUUAUAUUGCUGUAAUCAUAUAAACAGGGACAAACAGUACCAACUGCCAAGACUCCAUGACCCCCUAGGACCUAACAUUGUUUGGGUACCUAAAUCUUUCUUUUAAUCCUGCAGGAACUGUGUGUUGGAGCUAUCCCUGAACAUGAAUGGUUUAUUAAUAGUGGAUGCUCCAGGCACAUGACAGGUGACAGAAGUUGCCUAACAGAGUUCCAAAAGCUGAAUGGACCCAGAGUUACCUUUGGUGGAAAUGACAAAGAGGGUCAGACAAAGGGAAAAGGGAAGCUGAUCAAGAACCAAAUAAUCAUUGAUGAUGUCUCAUAUGUCAAAGGUCUGAAGUUCAACAUGCUAAGUGCUAGCCAGUUUUGUGACAAAGGCUACACUGUUGAAUUUACAAAGGACUUCUGUUAUGUAAAGCAUGAGACAACAAAAGAAAUGGUUCUCACAACAAGAAGGAAAAAGAAUAUCUAUGUGGUUGAUUGGAAUAUUGCAAAAGAUGGAGUAUGUCUGAUAGCCAAGGGAGAUUCCAAAUUAAGCUAGGACUGACACAAGAAGCUUAGCCAUCUGAAUUUUAAAACAAUCAACAAACUGGCAAGAGAACACAUUGUAGAUGGACUGCCAGACAUAGUGUACAAGAAAGAGACCCUCUGCGGUGCAUGCCAGAAGGGAAAACAAGUGAAGAACUCUUUCAAACCCGUUGCUGGAAAUCUUUCCACUAGUCCUUUAAAUCUCAUCCACAUGGAUUUAUUUGGAUCUGCUGAAACUCCCAGUGUCAGUGGAAAGAAAUACACACUAGUCAUGGUUGAUGACUACUCCAGAUACACAUGGACAAUCUUCUUGACAAAGAAGAAUGAAACACUUCAGAAGUUGCCAUCUCUGUUGAAGCAACUUCAAACUGAAAAGAAUAUGAAUGUCAGGACAAUCCGAUCUGACAGAGGAACUGAAUUUGUGAACCAAGUCAUUAAGGGCUUCUGUGAUCAAAAUGGAACAUUUCAUCAACUCUCUGCUUCCAGAACACAUCAACAAAAUGGCGUAGCAGACAGGAAGAACAGAACCUUAAAAGAAGCUGAUAGGACAAUGAUUGCUGAAUCAGGACUACCAAUGAGAUACUGGGCUGAGGCAAUCAACACUACAUGCUACACCCAGAACAGAAGCAUGAUCAACAAGAAUCAUCAGAAGACCCCGUAUGAACUAUGGAAAGGAAUGAAACCCAACAUCAGCUACUUUCACAUAUUUGGAUGCAAAUGCUACAUUCUCAAUAAUGGAAAAGAGCAUCUAAAAGUGGCUGAUGAAGGAGUAUUCAUAGGCUACUCCAGUUCAAGCAAAGCCUAUCGAGUACUCAACAAAAGGACCCUACAUGUUGAAGAAUCCAUACAUGUAAAGUUCGAUGAUAGCACCUCUGUUGAAGAAAUAACAGAGAACCUAGAGGAAAUCAACCUAGAGGACAGAACCUCUGAACCAACAUAAAAGGUAACAAUUAACCCUGUGUUUCUAACACCUGCACCCAACCCCCUACUAUUACAUCAAGAUGAAGAAUAAGAAGAUGAGCAACCAGAGAAGCCUAGACAACAACUGAAAGAACCUGAUCUAACAUGGCUAAGAGAUCAUCCACCAGGCCAAGUAAAUGGUCAAAUCAGAAGUGGUGUGAAAACCAGAUCUGCCACAACCAGAAGGGAAGCAAUGUUUGCCUGCUACAUCUCCCAGAUGGAACCUAUGACUGUAGAAGAAGCUUUUCAAGACUCAGACUGGAUCAAUGCAAUGCAAGAAGAGCUUACUCAAUUUCAAAGGAACAAAGUAUGGGAACUUGUUCCCAGACCAAAGCAUCAGAGUGUCAUUGGAACCAAAUGGGUGUUCAAGAAGAAAGCAGAUGAAGAUGGCAACAUUGUAAGGAAUAAAGCAAGGCUGGUAGCUAAGGCAUACUGCCAAGAAGAUGGAAUCGAUUUUAAUGAGACCUUUGCACCAGUUGCCAGACUUGAAGCCAUCAGAAUCUUCCUAGCCUAUGCUGCCUACAACAACAUCAAGGUCUACCAGAUGGAUGUCAAGAGUGCAUUUCUGAAUGGAGAUCUUGAAGAAGAAGUUUAUGUGGAACAAUCACCAGGUUUUAUCAUUCCUACUCAAUCCUCUUGUGUCUACAAGCAUAGAAAGACUCUUUAUGGUCUUAAGCAAGCUCCCAGAGCGUGGUAUGACACACUGUCCCUUUUCCUAGUAAACCAUGGGUUUACUAAGGGAAAGGUUGACAAAACCUUAUUUCAAAUCUCUGUUGCUAACCAUAUUCUGCUAGUACAAAUUUAUGUUGAUGAUAUUAUAUUUGGAAGUACUAAUGAAGAACUAUGUAAGUUCUCUCAAGUUAUGCAGAGUCAAUUUGAAAUGAGUAUGAUGGGAGAACUGAGCUACUUCCUAGGACUGCAAGUGAAACAGGUUCCAGAAGGAAUCUUUAUCAACCAAGGGAAGUAUACCAAAGACCUGAUCAAGAAGUUUGGGAUAGAAGGAAAAUCAUCAGUAAAGAUUCCCAUGAACACCUCUCAGGGAAUUGGACCAGAUGAUGAAGGAAAAGAUGUUGAUGCAAUAAUGUAUAGAGGAAUCAUUGGAUCUCUUCUCUAUCUAACUGCAAGCAGACCAGACAUAUCCUUCUCUGUUGGAAUCUGUGCGAGAUACCAAUCAAAGCCCAAGGAGAGCCAUCUCAGUGCUGCAAAAAUAAUCAUAAGAUAUAUCAAAGGAAAUCCAAAUGCAGGCCUAUGGUAUCCAAAGGGAGGUAACUUUGAACUAAUUGGUUACUCUGACUUAGAUUUUGCAGGUUGCAGGUUAGACAAAAAGAGCACCUCUGGUCACUGCCAACUGCUAGGUGGGAGACUUGUCUCCUGGUUUAGCAAGAAGCAGAACUCUAUCUCAGCAAGCACAGCUGAACCUGAAUACAUUGCAGCUGGGAGUUGUUGUGCUCAGCUACUCUGGAUGAAGCAACAACUCAAGGAUUAUGGCAUUCAUGCAAAGGAGAUCAAGCUACUCUGUGACAACACCAGUGUCAUUGCUGUGACAUCCCGAAAAUUUAAAUAAUAUAAAAUAAAUUGAUAUUAUUAAAAUCUUAAUCAAAUAAAAUUCUUAGAAUAUAAAACCUAAAAUAAUGAAAGUAUAUUACAAUAAAAAUUUAAAAUAUACACACCAAUAUUAAUAUAUACAAGUUUGACUAUUCAAAUAGCUAUGAGCCUAUGUACGUGUAUUGAUAUAUUACUACACCCAUAUAUACAUACAUACCCAUAUAUACAUACAUACGUUAAUAUACAUAUAUAAUACUACAUGAUUGACAUAUAUACAUCUUACGACACACGCAUACAUACCCAUAUAUACAUACAUACCCAUAUAUAUAUACAUACCCAUAUAUAUAUACAUACGUUAAUAUACACAUAACCAUCCACGCAGCAAGGAAAUAGCUGAAUCAUCCCAAUACAUGGACAAUUUUGAACAAAACAAACAAAAUAGUAAUCAUCCGAACCUUUGUGAUAGCACCAACAUAUAUGUAUAUAAAUGGACUUCGUUCCCUAGCCAGCCAUGCUCAAAAACGACCAAACAAAUACAUAUACAUAUAUACGUAAGGAAGUAGAGGGAGAGAAAGCUAGGAGACCACUACACGCCGUCUGGAAAUCGCCGGCCGCCAUCUUUGCCGGAGAAGAAGAAAAACGAAGCAGAAGAUAUACCGGACUUGACUCCAUCGCUAGGACGACCUACUGCUGGUCCGUAGAAGUAGAAGCUUCCGCUCUUGCCGCCGGAAGAAGUUGCCGCGUGGAAAGAAGCCUGCGUCGUUGCCGGUUGUCCCUUCGUAAGGAAGAAGACGUACGUAAUAAUCAAUUACGUUCUUUUUUUUGUUUAAUAUAAAUGGGAUGGAGUCUAGUUUGAAUUAUGUAACUGGACACUUAAUUACUUGGUAUUAAACAAAAGCUAUCUGAAAAUAUUAAACCAUAUGAGUUAGUUAAUAAUAAUAACAGUAACUCUAAUACGGGAUAAUAAGCAUAGAUACAGAGUAUAGUAAUAAUGAUUUGCAAUUCAGAUAAAAAUAAGGGUAUUUGACUGUGAGAAUAUUAGAAGGAAUUAUGUUGAAUUUGUUAUUGGUAGGAUAAUAAAAAUAGUAUAAGAUGACUAAAUAAAUGACUUAUUAAGAUAAAAGGACUAAGUGAUUAAUAAUAAUACAAUGAUAUGAACGGACUAUUUUAUAUGAAUAUUAUAAUUAAUAAAAUAAAUGAAGGUGUGUUUUUGAAUAAGUUACUCUGAUCCGUAUAAUGAACUGAUCAGUCCCAAACUUUAUAAAUCAAUUAUUCAAUAUUGGGUAAAUUAUCAAAAAUAAAAUAAAAUACUGAUUAUGCAACUUCAUGAUUACUAAAGGUGAUAAUUGCCAAGACUGAAAUAAAAGAGUGUUGAAAGUGCUACAAUUCUAAGGUGAUGAAUAUGACGAAUGACGAAUGACGAACUUCGAGAGCGCAACUUAGAAAAUCUAGAAAUAAAAGUAAUGUAUAGUAUUUUAAAUAAUGAGCUAGAAACUCUUUACCUCUAUUGAAGUUAUAUUUAAUAAUGGUGGAUAGCCUUAUCAUUCAGUUAUAAAGGCUGAAUGUGGCGGUGACACGCUCAUGUUCAAUGUUAUAUUCCGUUGCAUAACUUUUGAAUGUUUAUUUUUAAUAAACAAAUUCUGUGAU